UGACAAAUUUUCUUUAGUAUCCUUUGUGUUUAUGGUCAAAAUUGUGAUGUCCUACCUGUGUGUUAAGAGCUUUGUGUGAAAUAUUAGCUGAGGAAGUAGUGAAAUAAUCGAAUAAAAUGUCCACCGAUCGGGAAAUUCUAGCCGAAGACAAUCUAAAGGUGAUAUGUCGUUUUCGGCCACUCAAUUACAGUGAGAAGCAGACUGGCUCCAAAUUUAUUGUUCAAUUUCCCAACAACCGAAAGGAAACUUACAUUUCGAUAGCGGGGAAACUUUAUUCAUUCGACAAAGUAUUCCUUCCAAAUGCGUCGCAAGAAAAGGUUUACAAUGAAGCAGCCAAGUCAAUUGUUGCGGAUGUGCUCGCUGGUUACAAUGGUACAAUAUUUACAUAUGGACAAACAUCGUCGGGUAAAACACAUACAAUGGAAGGUGUCAUAGGCGAUCCCACGAAACAAGGAAUAAUGCCUCGCAUUGUCAAUGAUAUAUUCGAUAAGAUUCAUAACUUGGAAGUGGAUCUCCAGUUUUACAUAAAGGUCUCUUACUACGAGAUUUAUAUGGAAAAAAUAAGAGAUUUGUUGGACGUCAAUAAAAGCAAUUUAACUGUUCAUGAAGACAAGAAUCGUGUUCCGUACGUUAAAGGAACUACUGAACUGUUUGUAUCGAGUCCAGAUGAGAUAUUUGAACUCAUGAAACAGGGAAAAUCAAAUCGUCACGUUGCUGUCACAAACACGAACGUACGUUCUUCGCGAUCACAUUCAGUUUUUACGAUUAAUGUGAAACAGGAAAAUCUAGAGAGCCAGAAAAAAUUGUCGGGCAAAUUGUAUUUGGUGGAUUUGGCCGGUUCAGAAAAGGUGUGCAAAACUGGCGCUAAAGGGUCUGUACUGGAUGAAGCUAAAAAUAUUAACAAAUCAUUGUGGGCCUUAGGUAAUGUCAUUGCAGCACUAACUGAUGGGAACAAAUCGCAUAUUCCGUAUCGUGAUUCAAAACUGACCAGAAUCUUACAAGAAUCACUUGGUGGUAACUCGAGAACAACGAUUGUGAUCUGCUGUUCGCCAGCUAGUUCUAAUGAAUCGGAAACGAAAUCAACGCUUGAGUUCGGUAAGAGGGCGAAGACCGUGAAAAAUUUUGUUUGUAUCAAUGUAGAGCUUACAGCUGAGGAAUGGAAACGACGUUAUGAAAGAGAACAAGAGAAAAAUGCUCGGCUUAAGGGUAAAGUGGAGAAACUGGAAGCUGAAUUGACUAGAUGGAGGGCUGGUGAAAUUGUCAGUGUAGAAGAACAAACUAAUAUACAAGAGGCUAGUACACCUAAAUUAGACGGCACAGUCGAAUCAUCAGCACCAGUGUCAUCAGCACCAGUGUCAUCAGCACCAGUGUCAUCAGCACCAGUGUCAUCAGCACCAGUGUCAUCAGCACCAGUGUCAUCAGCACCAGUGUCAUCAGCACCAGUGUCAUCAGCGCCAGCAGUAUCAUCUGCACCACUGUCAUCAGCUCCAAUGUCGUCUGCACCAAUGUCAUCAGCACCAAUGUUAUCAGCACCAUCAUUGUCAUCAGCACCACCAUUGUCAUCAGCACCAAUGUCAUCCGCACCAAUGUCAUCAGCACCAAUGUCAUCAGCACCAAUGUCAUCAGCACCAAUGUCAUCAGCUCCAAUGUCAUCAGCUCCAAUGUCAUCAGCACCAAUGUCAUCAGCACCAAUGUCAUCAGCACCAAUGUCAUCAGCACCAAUGUCAUCAGCACCAAUGUCAUCAGGACCAGUGUCAGCAGCACCAGUGGCAACAGAGCAAGUACCAUCUAAGGUGUCAUCAGUACCGGCAACCGAGCAUUUGUAUCGUCGGUUAGAUACGAAAGGCGAGAAAAUCGACGUGGAGAGGUUGAAGGAUCAAAUUAGGGAUCAAGAAGACCUGACAGUAAACGUUCGUCGAGAUAAAAAAAAAUUGCAAGCAGAAUUGAACCAAAUCCAACCAGAGAACAGGAGCGCUAAGGAAGAUAUCAAUAAAGUGCUUAAAGAUGUUGAAGAACUUACCGUCAAUUAUGACCAAAAAAGUCAUGAAAUCGAAAUGAAAAACAGAGAGCUGGAAACGCUUAAUGAAGAUUGUGCUAAAUUAAAGGCUGUAGAACAUGUUUCUACUGUCAUUUCAGAUGAGACAGAACCGUCUGAGGUGCUUCGACCAACGUAUGAGUUUAAAGACGUCGAUCAUAAAUUUACACUCGCUGACCAGCCAACGACAGCCGACAACAGAAGGCUUCGUCAAGAAGAUACAUUCAGGUUAUCGAAGUUGCAAGUGGUGGCUCAAAACGAAAAGCUCGAGCAAGUGCCUGAUGAUCACAAGCAAUCAAAAGAGAUCGUAGUUGGGGAUUUGGAAACACUACACAAUUUACGGAAAUUGUUUGUGCAAGACCUUAAAACAUGCAUCAGAAAAUCUACAACUUCAAAAGAUAAUGAUUGCGGCUCGUUGGCAGAGAACGCAGAAAAGCAGACAUUUUUCACAAAUGACUUGGACCAGUUGACACCUCCGGUGCUCACACAGCCUGCCCGUGAUAUGACGGAUCUAUGUUGUGAAUUGAGCAAAUUGGAGAAACUAUUGCAAACAACAAUGGAUCGUGUGGAAGAAUUGGAAAUGGCACUGAAAGACGCCAAAGACGUUGCUAUGGGUGAUCGUAAACCAUUCCAAGUGAAGUUGAUCGAAUCAAGGAGGACUACAGUCAAAAGAAUUUGAUAAAAUU